UUGUAAAACGACUAUUCAUUUGCUGUCUCUUAGCAUUUUCUUGAUUGAAUAUCUAUUCUGGUAUUAAAUCUUUCCAAGUUUCUCUUAAACAGUGUAAAUGCUUCUGGCUUGAGGGUAGUUAGGCUAUUGUAGGAGCAGAGGGUACGGAUAUUAUCGUAACACGUUUGUGAAGAGCCUUACUACGAUUGCCAGUGAUGAGUAAGAAAUUGAAUUUCUUGUUUCUGCUUCUACAUUUGUGAGCUAUAAACUAUGCAGGCUAAAAGAGGACCUUAUUUUAAUCUAGUGUCUACUGGAUUGAGUAGUCCUUUUCUGUAGUUUUAGUACUGCCCAAGCAUUGCUCAUAACUAUUUGUUCUACACCACCUAAUGUUCCUAGUAAUUAUUUUUGCACAAUACUUUGCAGUACAGUGUGACUUUUUGAGUUCAGUGCAGUAACUUGUUGAACUGUGAAGUACAGCAUAGAUGUAAUGCCUAAUUUGCAGUGCAUUAGCUGUAACCAGAAUACUUCACCAUUUCUUUUUGUUCUGCAAGAACUCCACCACCUGUAGUGGGUUGUUUUUGUUUUGCUUUAUUUGCUCUUUUUCAUGAUCACUCCUUCCCACCUGCCAGCAAACAGCUAAAAAUAAAAACAGGUUCAGUCCAGAGAGGUCAGAUGGAGGUAGGCAUGUCUGAAGGUCUUUCUAACAGGCUGUGAAAACUUGGAUUGCUUGAGUUUGCAUUCGCAGUGUUAUUUUGGAUCCUCUUGUUUGGCAUUUUCCACCUCCUUUAGGAGAGGCAAUGUGAAAGAAGCUAAGGACAGCACGACAGUAGGGGUUUUAUAGACGUUGGGAGGCUGCCACAUGGUUUAAUCUGGUCUGGGACAUGCCUACAUAGUUCAGUACCAUAGUACAACUCCUGUCCGCCUUUACUGAUGCUAAUGGCUGACUCGUUGUCUUUAUUUACUGCUCACCUGCAAGCCUCCAGGGUUGAUUACUAGAGAGCCUAGGGGCAUGAAAGUUUGUCUUUACCUAAUUAUCAUGUUUCGCUUGCAGGAGGGUGUAGUAUUAACAGCGUUCAUUGUUAGACAGGGAUCCCAUUUCCGAUGUCUGGAUUAACACUCUGCUAAGAAGCCUUUUAUUACAUGGCUAGGGGGAGGGGAUUGUCUGUGAAACUGCUUUACUGGUUGUGAAUUAUGCCAUCUUUUUGAUUUAUCCCUUCACACCGGUGAAAUAGUGUUAAUCACAGAGGACAUGCUAACCCAGUUAAUAUGACCGGCACUAGGUCACUUUGAAAUGGCCUAGUGGGUUAAUGAGAAAGUCUAUUUUUAAAGUUGCCCCCCCCCCUCCCCCUCGUAGACUCAGAUUAUAAGACAUCUGGCUCCCAUCACUACACCUCAGGUUUAUCAUAUUGACAUGCAGAAUCUUGAAUUUUCUGUAGCAGGUUUGUGAUCAUUUUGUUAAUCUCAGAAUGAUCUUUAUAUGAUCGCUUUAACAUUCAUCUCAGGAUGAUACGUUAUAGAAAAGAACUGAGGGUUAGGAGACCUUUUACUGUUGGUAACCUUGAACUUUGGGGAAUUCCAAAAAUAAACUAAUGCCCUACAUAAUGUUUGUCCCUAAACUUCUACUGAGUACGGGGGCAUUUCAAAGACUGGAUGCAAGGCCCCGUAUAUUAAACUCUGAUUGUGUAAUGUUGUAGUUUUGUGAGCAAUUAGGUUUGUUCACUCUGUCAUACUCAAGAAUGCUUUUUCUUGAAUCUUUUUGUUUGCUACUGGUUGAAUCUUAAGCAACACAAUGACGUAGAACAGUAUUGCUCUUGUCUAGCUGUGCUUCUGAUAAGACAUGAAGUUGUUCAGGAGCGCUAGAGCUGCAAUUGCAAGGAAAGUACGGCAGUUCAUUAGCUCCACGGAGAAAAAAAUAUUUUUUGCGUUUAUACAAGAUCGUAUUGCAUUUAAACGCAAUAACUAAUUUGCGAAAACUGUUGUUUUAAAUUUAUAUCUUGCAUUCCGUAACAGUAACAGUUAGCCAACAAUAGGUAUAAAUCAGGUGGGUAGCUGUGUCAGCAUGCGUAGGCUGCAAUGGAGCAAGUAAUAGGUUUAUUCCAUGCUGAAAAAAAGAAGAAUGAAAACACAAUGUUUUCGGCAGUGGAGGUAUAAAUCUACUCUUAACAAGAUAUUAAUAUAGUAGGUUAUAUUGUUCACAAAUUAACGAUUGCAUUUAAACACAAUACUGUCUCUUAAACACAAUAAUAAUUUUCUCAUUUAAACGCAGUACUAUCUCAUUUAUACAAAAAAUAAUAAUCUUCUGUAGGAAAGUGUAUUCUGACAGACUAUCAAAUAAACACCGGUCACUGCUUUGAGCCAGAAUGAUUUUGAACUUGAUACUUCAACUUCAUUAAACCUACUGUACCUCUUGCACAUCUUCUCCUCAUUAACCUACAGUAACAUCUUCAGCACAAGUCAAAUGUUUGUCACAACCUGUGUGAAGAUUAAACCAUUCCUUUGGGUCCUUUCAGUUUUUUUGUUUUCAGAGGCCAAACUCUUAACUAGUGAUGACAUAUCAGUAAUCAAUGUAUAAUCUGUAACUCACUCAUGAUCAGGAAUAUUCCAGUCAUAUGAGAAGUGAUUGAUUUUGUGAAUUGCUUGUGAAUGGACAAGGAGUUAGUUUGAAAAACGAGCUUUGCAUCUACAUAUGCUGUGUUUCAUCUGCUGUCUGAAUGACAGAUUGUUGCUUACAUUACUAUUUUUCAAGUGCGCUGCCUGAAUUAUUGAUCUUUACGCUUGAAAAAUGCAGUAAUAACCCAGAAUCAUAAUUCCUACUGCUGUUUAUUAAUAUAUUUUAUAAAAUGAUUUGAACUAGAUUCCCAGAGGUUUUUGUCUUAUUGGACUUGUUCAAGCCUCAUUGAAUUUUGAAUACCCAUUAACUCCUUCACAAAAAGACUUUAAGUGCACAUUAAGACAUCUUGGACUCUAUGUGAUCUCUCCUAAGCAUAACUGAUUGCAGACACUCUCCUUAUUAAAACAUGGCUUGACUCAAACUGUAAAUACGCAAGAGGCCCUGUCAGGCUCUGUUCCUGAAAUGACCAGAAACUACAAGGUCAUGGAGAUUUUGAGCUUUGCCUUGUGAUCUCAGUGGGAUUUGAUGAUAAACCUGCCGAGGUGGGAGGCCAGUGAAUUAACCAAAGACAUUGUAAUCUUUGAGCACCGCAUGCAAGCAAACCCUGAGCACUGAGAAAGGAUAGGCUGAACUGGGCAGAUGAUGAGCAUGACUUUGAGCCCACCUACUGAUGCAUGCACGUGCACAACCCCAAAUUGAGUACCACUGCACAGCUUUGACCUGCCUUACUGACAGCAUAGGUAGAGUGCUGCAUCAAGAGCCCUCCCCUAUGAGACUUGUGCCUGAUCCGAGCUGGGGGUCCUUCUGAUGGAUCACUGUAGUAGUGAACAAAACCAUGAGGAGCCAGAGCCGGGAGGCCAACCAUCAGAGACGGAGGGCAAAAAGGCGCCUGAGCCGGAGCACGCCUUGACCAAAAUCACCCACAAUGCCUUGGAGAACAUUGGCGUGUUUGGGCAGGGCUUGAAACAGUUAUUUCAACCCCAGCGGAGGCGCUCUUCCAUUUCUCCCCAUGAUGUCCUUCCGGCUGUCUCCUCUGGGGGUUCUGCCGAGCCCCCAGAACUAGGGCAAGAACCGUCCAAUAGCUCUGCUCCCCUUACAGACACUGACCCCCAAACUUGCGCCCACCCCACAGCUCUGAAUCGUGUGCUGCAGCAGAUCAGAGGUGCGCCCAUGAUGAAGCGCGGGACUAGCCUACACAGUCGGCGCAACAAAACAGCCGGGGACCCCCCCAAGGGUAGCCCACAGAUCCACCGAAGGAGUACCCAGGAAGCCCUGCUGCAAUCUGGCCGCCCCCGGUCAUCAUCAACCACUGAUGCACCCAGCAACUCUACUCUGGCCGAGGUCCUGCCUGCCCCUGGACACCUUUCUUGUGAUGAAAGUGAGAGAAGGGAUGCUUCAGUACAUUUGGUGCAGGUGGAGGAUGCAAUACUGGAGUUCCAGGUCUUAAUGCUGAUCGAGCGACUGGAGGUGAGCAGCCUAGCGCAGGCAUCCAAUGCUGUGGCCUGCUCUGAUGGCUCUUUCGCCGUGGACGCGGUGGACAGCACCCCUGACCCCCAGCGCACCAAGCAGGCCAUCACGCAGCUGCAGCAGAAGAUCCUGAAGCUGACGGAGCAGAUCAAGAUCGAGCAGACGGCGCGCGACGACAACGUGGCGGAGUACCUGAAGCUGGCCAACAACGCCGACAAGCAGCAGAGCGCCCGCAUCAAGCAGGUCUUCGAGAAGAAAAACCAGAAGUCGGCCCAGACCAUCCAGCAGCUGCAGCGCAAGCUCGAGCACUACCACCGCAAGCUGCGAGAGAUCGAGCACAACGGCAUCCCCAGGCAGCCCAAGGACGUCUUACGGGACAUGCACCAGGGCCUGAAGGACGUUGGGGCCAAGGUGACGGGCUUUAGCGAGGGGGUGGUGGACAGUGUGAAGGGAGGCCUGUCCAGCUUCUCACAGGCCACCCACUCCGCGGCUGGGGCCGUGGUCUCCAAGCCUCGGGAAAUCGCCUCGCUUAUCCGCAACAAGUUUGGCAGCGCGGACAACAUCUCGGGCCUCAAGGACUCCCUAGAUGAGUCCCAGGGAGAGGACGGGACCAAGCCUUUGGGGGUGUGCAGCCAGCUGCAGUCCAGCCCUAAGUUCGGCAGCGAGGAUGACUGUUCCAGCGCCACCUCGGGCUCAGCAGGGGCCAACAGCUUUACCGGGGCGCCCGGUGGCCCCCCCAGCUCCAAAACAAACACACUGGACAUGCAGAGCUCAGGGUUCGACGUCCUCUUCCAUGAGAUCCAAGAGAUACGAGACAUGCAGGGCCGACUGGAGGAGUCCUUUGAUGUCCUCAAAACUCACUACCAGAGAGACUACACAGUAAUAAUGCAAGCACUACAAGAUGAGCGGUACAGGUGUGAGCGGCUGGAAGAUCAGCUGAACGACCUGACCGAGCUCCAUCAGAACGAAAUCCUCAACCUCAAGCAGGAGCUGGCCAGCAUGGAGGAGAAGAUUGCCUACCAGUCCUACGAACGCGCGCGAGACAUUCAGGAGGCGCUGGAGGCCUGCCAGACCCGGAUCUCCAAGAUGGAGCUGCAGCAGCAGCAACAGCAGGUGGUGCAGCUAGAGGGGCUGGAGAACGCCACCGCGCGGACCCUGCUGGGCAAGCUGAUCAACGUGCUGCUGGCCGUCAUGGCCGUGCUGCUGGUCUUCGUCUCCACCGUGGCCAACUGCGUGCUGCCCCUCAUGAAGACGCGCAACCGGACGUUUAGCACUUUCUUCCUAAUGGUUUUCCUUGCCUUCCUGUGGAAAAACUGGGACGCCAUAGCAGGAUACCUAGAUCGUUUCCUCCAGCCCCCUGACAUGACUGCCGGAAGUAAUGUGGGGCAAAAGACAUAAUGGAGAAAUGAAAAAGAUAACACCUCCGGGAAAGAAAACGACAUUUAGCACAAAAAAGGAGGUGGAAAACUAAAGGAUGGCAAAAUCCUUUUUUUUUUUUCAAGGAACAGAGUGAAUUUGUUUACAUUUUGGAUUUUUUUUUUCCCUUGCAAGAA